AUGAGCACCGCCGAGUAUACUACUUCACCUCCCCCCUACCGGGGCUCUCCAGCGAGCAAGCACUCCAGUAUAUCGCCAGCAGAUGAGGCUGCGCAGCCCCUCUUGGGAAGCCCUGCAGGCCCCAGUACAGGUCUCGCGGGCGGUAUUUAUGACCAACCUGCAUUCGGGGACGUCCCUGACGAUUUCAAGUAUGGGACCACGGUGUCCGAGAGCGUAUUGGAGAUUCGGAAUGCAUUCGUCCGAAAGGUGUACACUAUCCUGUUCUGUCAGAUCUUGGCCACUUGCGUUGUAGCGGGCAUCAUCUCGCAUUCACCCAGUACCAUCUUCUGGGUCACAACUCAUCUGUGGUCGUUCUAUGUACCUCUUUUCGGCACCCUCAUCAAUCUCGGUCUGCUCUUCUGGAAGCGUCACAGCCACCCAGCAAACUUUAUUCUUCUCUCCACGUUCACUCUUUUUGAAGCGUUCACGCUUGGCGUCACCACUGCGUUCUUCGACAACCUGAUUGUUCUGCAGGCGCUGCUCAUCACCUUGGGUGUGUUCCUCGGUUUGACGCUCUUCACUUUACAAUCCAAGUAUGACUUCUCCGGAAUGGGUGCCUGGUUGUUCGGCGGUCUGAUUGCCCUCAUGAUGACUGGUCUCGUCGGCAUCUUCGUGCCGUUCAGUCGGACGAUGGACAUCGUCUUUGCUGCGGGCGGUUGCCUCAUCUUCAGCGGCUAUGUCGUCUAUGACACGUACGUCAUCACUAAGCGGCUGUCUCCCGACGAAUACAUCCUGGCUGCGAUCAGUCUCUACCUCGAGUGA